CGAGGGGUAACUUGUGCUUGUGCCUGCGUGUACCUGACGACCAGAUCCCUUUUUUAUGCCACGUUCAUCUCAGCAGAUUUCAUCACCUUCGAAAUUCAUCCGUAGGCUCUCCCAACUUGCCAAUCAGGCGGUGCGAACGCAAGAGUCCGGAUACACCAUGGACCCCGCCCUUCGCUCCCACUACCUUGCCGACCAUCCUCCUACUGUCGUUCGAUUGGAGAUCGCUCCUCACUUCGCUGCACUCUCACCAAAACAAAAACGUUACGCUCAUCACCUGAGUCGUGCUUCAUUCAAUGGUACCCGCGUUACGUUAGCCCAGGUCUCACCAGAAUCCCCCGUCGUCUACGAUCUCAUCCUAGCCUUACACCGCGCUUGCGACGGUGAUUAUAAGAAGAUCGCUGAGCAUACUUCGGUCCCUGCGUCCGAGAUAACACUGUGGUUACAGUACGCUGCACAGUUUCUAGGCAACUGUGGAAACUACAAGGGCUUUGGCGAUGUCAAGUUCAUUCCGAAGGUCUCCUCAGAGACACUCGAGAAAAUCUGCUCGGUGAAUAGUGAAUGUAACGACCUGUAUGCCAGAGCCACCGAAACAGGAGGAGGCAUCUACGAGACAAAAGAUGUCGCUCUGAUGCAUUUUGGAUAUCCUGAAGAUGGCCACAUGUCGACGUAUUAUCCCGAUUCACCAACUAUCACAAAAGAAGAGAUCUCAAUCGUGGGAGAGGUCCUUGAAGAGAAGAAACUCCUAAUAGAAAAUACCAGACUACGAAAGAUGGGCUCCGGUGAUUUCGAGGUGCUAAUAGCAUCGGGUAUCGCCAAUCCUCCGGUUGAGGCAAGAGACCUUGGUGAUGACUCGGUAAUCGACCUGAAAGGCAAGCUUGCAGGCAAGACGCUUACUCUGGUCUACGGCGACUACUUGAACGAAAUGGCCAAGAUCGCGCUGGAGAUCAAGAAGGCAAGGAAGGAGGCUGCCAACGAAAUUGAAGAGAAAAUGCUUGACGAAUAUGCCCGAUCUUUUGGCACUGGCAGUAUCCAAGGGUUUGUGGAAUCUCAACGAUAUUGGAUCAAGAACAAGAACCCUGUGAUCGAGACCGACAUAGGCUUUGUCGAAACCUAUCGUGACCCUCACGGUGUGCGUGGAGAAUGGGAAGGCUUCGUUGCGAUGGUCAACCAGGAACGCACUCGUGCUUUCGGUAAACUGGUCGACGCUGCUCCAAAAAUGAUCCCGAAGUUGCCAUGGAGCAGCGAAUUCGAGAAAGAUAACUUCCUAAGUCCAGACUUCACCUCCCUAGAAGUGUUGAGCUUUGCUGGUAGCGGUAUCCCGGCUGGCAUCAACAUCCCUAACUACGAUUUUAUCCGUCAAAAUGAGGGGUUCAAAAAUGUUUCGCUUGGUAAUGUACUGAGUGCGAAAGCUCCCAAAGAGCCGAUACCCUUCAUUCGGGAAGAAGACGACGAGUUGUACCGCACAUACCGCGACCCAGCGUUCGAGGUACAGGUCGGCAUUCACGAGCUUCUCGGCCACGGCUGCGGCAAGUUGCUGCAAGAAACGGCGCCAGGCGAAUACAACUUCGAUGUGAAGAAUCCUCCAGUCAGUCCCAUUACCAAGAAGCCCAUCACCUCCUGGUACAAACCAGGUCAGAGCUGGGGAAGCGUGUUUGGCGCAAUUGCAUCAUCAUACGAGGAGUGUAGAGCAGAGUGUGUGGCCAUGGCACUCUCUUGCGACUUUGAGAUCCUGAAAAUAUUCGGCUUUGGCGACGGUAAACGAGAAGCCAGCAACGAAGCAGGGGAUGUACUGUACGCCGCAUACCUGUCAAUGGCACGAGCUGGUGUCGCUGCCCUGGAAUAUUGGGAUCCUAAGUCGCAGAAAUGGGGGCAAAUCCACAUGCAAGCACGAUUUGCCAUUCUGCGGGCAUUCAUUGAUGCUGGCGGAAACUUCUGCGAGAUCAAGGCUCUCAACGGCUCCAUCAACGACCCUGAUGACCUUGAGAUCCAUCUGGACCGGACUAAGAUCCUGUCGCAUGGUCGGCCAGCAGUGGAGGACCUGCUCCAGAAACUUCACAUUUACAAGGCUACUGCCGAUUUUGCUGCAGGCAAGAAAUUAUAUGAUGAUGUUACGAGUGUGGAUUCGUGGUGGGCUGAGAAAGCGAGACCAAUAGUCUUGAAAAAGAAGACGCCCAGAAAGGUCUUCGUUCAGGCCAAUACGGUGUUGAAUGAGGAAACAGGUGAUGUAAGAUUGGUCGAGUAUGAGCCGACGUUAGAGGGAAUGGUCCAAAGCUACUUUGAAAGAGACGUGUAGAUCGAGACACUCCAAGUUACACGCUAUACUACAGAAAUAACGGGCUCGAACGCUAGAC